AUGACUAUCAAUGUUCUUGAGCUAAAUGAACUUGAAGCCAUUUUUGCGAUCAAAGCAACUUUGGGUGGUGCUAUCAAGCAUGGUAUAGGUACUAAAAUGGAUGAAGAAGAAGUAUUCAAGGAUAAAGAAAGCAUUUAA